UGUUCUCGAACUCUUGCUCACAUCGUCUUAUUAAUUGAUCGCUUAUUACUCUGGAUCGCCACCGUCAAUUCGAAGGACACAGGCUAGAACAUCCUCCUACUCACGCCGCGAUGUCCGACGGAGAGGCGCAGCCACCAGACGACCCAAAUAUCUGGGAGACUUCGUCGUCCUCAGCCAACGAAUGGGAUGAAUCGGAAGCGGACGGGGUUUGGACUGUGGAGAUAGCAGGAGAAGAGGUGCGAAAGGGUACAAUCCGACACGAGGUAUAUGAUCUGCACCUAGCAGCUAUUCUUACCCAUUCAAUCUCACAUUUCGCUUCCGCCAGGUGGUCUGGCACGGUUGGCGACGAGCUUCGGAUGGUACAAGCAACACGUGGAAACCUGAGGAAGCUGACAUCAACACGAACGAAUGGUCCAGACAUGCUGCCCAAAGACGACGAGAGUUGGCGAAGAAUUCUAUGAACAUUCAAAUUUGGAGUGAUACGAGUUUAGUGGAUACUGAUACGAGGUUGCGUAGCCAAGCGUAUGAAGAAAAGGUGGAGCGAAGUAAGAGGAAGGGUGUGAGAAUGGCAGAGAAGUUGCGAAAGAACCUGCGAAAGCACGGACGAGGCCCUACUGAAGGAUCUGAUGGCGAAGAGUAUCCCCCACCUCGAAACGGCUCAGUUCGUGCAAGUACGUCUUCCACCAGAGCUCCUGCAGUAGCGAGUCGGGCGUCUGGUUCUGCCCCCUCCUCUGUCGGUCAGAAUCGUCCUUCGUUUUCAAUAGGGCGAGGUACAACAACAAGGGAUAGACGCACACCGCAAACAGCUCAACCCAGGUCUUCACGUCAAUCUGUUCAUCCUCCACCGGCGAAUACUCCUGCGUGCCUAGUACAGAGCCCGGAAUCUGACGGAGAGGAAUUUAUACCCAAGGACAUGAUUGACUGGUCUGCUCGUACCUACCCAACUUCAAAAGGAAAACAGAGGGAGGUGCAAUAUUGCGAGACUGAACCCUACAGGUCGAUAUCAAAGGGGAAACAGAAGGCUUGUCCUCAGCCCCAACCUAGUCGUAUAAGGUCUGCAACCGAGCAGAACACGUUAAAGCCGGUACGCAAAAUAGCUCCUUUGCCAGCUCGUAGGCAAGGUGCUUCUCGGAAUAGUUCAUCUGCCAGGCUUUCUGAACGCGACGCACUUUCCGCUCAGUGGACUCAAAUGGCAAAACUGAGUGGAGCAGCAACCAUCAGUUUUAUGAACGAAGUUGACGACGAGGAGAUCCCGCCUUUGGAUGGGUUUUGCUACCUUGAGAAGGACUUCAACUAUGACGAAAUCGAGCAUUCAGGCCGCGACCUGAAAGAAGUUUUCCUCUACUGUGACCAUAGAAUCUGUGAAUAUGCCGAAGAAUGUAAUUGUCAGUCUACUCAAGAAGAUAUCCGAUUCACAUACGAUGAAUACAGACAUUUUAUUGCCAACGAGGAGGAUAACGACGUGUCACCAUUUGUUGUCGAAUGCAACGAAUACUGUGCUUGCGACAAGAACUGUCGAAACCGCGUUGCUCAGCUUCCGCGUAAGGUCCCUAUCGAGAUCUUCAAAACACGAAAAUGCGGCUGGGGAGCCCGGUCAUCUGUGGACGUUGAGAAAGGAACUGUUCUCGGUCUCUAUACGGGGAAAAUAAUAUAUAGACGUGAUGCCGAACUAUUGAAAGGGGAAGCAAAGAGUUUCUGUUUCGAUAUGGACGGACGAGAAAGUCCGGAUGAGGAACCAUCCGAAGAGUCGUACACAGUCGACGCAAAGGCGUGCGGUAAUUGGACACGGUUCUUGAACCACUCUUGUGCGGCAAAUAUCAAAGUAUACUCCGCCGUUUGGUGGACGAUUCCCGAGAGCAAUUUACCAUGCCUAGUUUACUAUGCUGCAGCAGAUAUACCCGCCCGGACGGAGUUUACUGUUGACUACAAUCCCUCGCAGGCAAGGCUUCACAAGGCCAAUGCAUCCAAGGGUAAAAAGAAAGGGAAAGGAAAGAACAAAAUUCCAGAGGGCGCCAUACCAUGCGAAUGCGGUACCAAAGUCUGCCGUGGAUGGGUAACAGAGGCCUGUGACAACUAGGAUUCGCACUAAACCCUAUCUGUUGCGAUAAGAGAAACAUCAAGGGUUGAAGUGCGCCAGAGAUCGACGGUCGGGCUACCGUGAGUCAGCUGAAAACGGAAGCUCGUCGUAUGUUGAUUGACGCUACGUUGAUCGUGUUACCAUUUUGUUCAUUCAUCAGAAACUUACAUUCAAUUCCUCACGACCUUUGGAGUACAUCAACAAAUUUCGAUAGCGACCUCGUAGUGACCAUGACCUGUCAUUUACACACUUUCACGUCCUUCUUAAAUAACACUCUACAAAAAAAAGUCUCCGUCCAUUGUCAUGCCCC